AUGGCAGAUCACCUUGGACCUCAAAUUGGCACGUCAGCCGACAACUAUUUCCAAUCCGAUCGCGAUGUUGCUAUUCAACAAAGCAGAGCCGCGAAAAGCAGAAAUAAUUCUGGCGAUCCAAUAAAGUGUACUUCCAAGGUCUUGUGUAUGCUCCUCCUAACGACUGCGGAUGUCUAUGCUUAUGUUGGUGAAUCGGGAUUUCUGGCUAGAAAGAUAAACUUGGCGACCGGCAAGACUGUCAAAACCUUCAAAGGACAUACUGGUCCUGUUACUUGCAUCGGGAUAUGGUUUUAUGACGGUAACGAGUAUCUUAUAACCGGAUCAUGGGAUAAGACGUUACGUAAAUGGGAUGUCAAGACAAAGGAAACAGUCAAUACGUUUUCAGCUCAUACAGACUUUGUUAAAUCCAUGACAAUCGCACGUAAUGAACCCAUACUGUAUUCAGGAUCAUCUGACAAGAAAAUUAGAUCAUGGAAUCUUGUAACUGGCAAAGAGUUGCGCGAAUUCCAAGGACAUACUCGUGGAAUAGAGGACUUGUGUUUGGACGAAAGUGAACAGUAUCUAUAUUCUGCAUCUUCCGACAGACAUGUUAGAAAAUGGAAUGCGAAUACGGGAGAUUGCUUGCAAGUUUUCGAUGGGCAUUUGACAAGCGUAUAUUGCUUGAGAUUAAUUGACGAAGAGAUGUGGACCGCAUCCGCCGAUAAGACUGUCAAACGAUGGGACCUGGUUACAGGAAAACCUGAUACUUCCCUUGAUCAUCCGGAUUUCGUCAAGUGCUUGGUUGUAGUGGAACCUUAUGUAAUAACAGGAGGACGAGAUGAAGACAUUCGGAUAUUUGACAUUGCGUCUGGAAAACUUGUAAAGAAGAUUGAAGGUCAUUUUGAUGAAGUAUCGUGCAUGGCCGUACAUGGAACAACCUUAUAUACCGGCUCAUUAGACUGUACAGUGAGGAAAUGGAGUAUCGCUGCCAAGGAUCUCCAACCAUCAAACAAAGCAAAAGUCGCAAAGCCAGUCAAAACCAAACCUACAACUCCUACCAUGACUGCGGAAGAAGAAAAAGAAUUGGAAGAAUUAUUAGCAAGUGAUGACGAAUGA